AUGGUCAACGCAGUGGGCCUGGUGCUGGGCCUCUACGCCCGGGAGCGCACGGGCAUGGCGCAAUACGUCGAGUCCACCAUGAUUGCCGCCAACGCCUACCUCAACAUCGACGACUUCUACCGGCACGAGGGCAAGCAGCCCCGGCCUCUGCCGGACCGGGACGGUUACGGGCUGCACGCCCUGUACCGUCUGUACCGGGCAAAAACCGGGUGGGUCUUUCUCGCCUGUCCCUUCGACGAUGAGUGGCAGGCCCUGUGCCGGACCAUCGACCGGCCGGACCUUCGGGAUGACCCACGGUUUGCCACCAGCGAGGCGCGGGAGAAGCACGAUGACGCCCUGAUCGAUAAGCUGGCCGAAAUGUUCGCGGCCGAGGAACCAAUGCACUGGGAAGAACUGCUAACCGCCGCCGACGUGGCCUGCGUAAAGGCCGAGGAACGGGGAAUGUAUUUCUUUUUCAACGAGGACCCCCAUGUGCGCGAGAACGGGCUUCUUACCCAGGUGGAGGCGCCGAGGUUUGGAGAAUUCUGGCGGUACUCUCCCGUGGUCGACUUCUCGGAGACCUCGGGCCGAACUGGCCCUGGCCCGCUCAAGGGCGAACACACGCGGCCCCAUCCUGAGGGAGCUGGGACCAUAAUUCCCGCAGACACUAACGGCAUCAGGGACAAGGCCGCGAUAGUCGGCAUAGGAGAAACGGAGUUUUCCUGGAACUCGGGCCGUAGUGAAAUACAGCUUGCCUCCGAGGCAAUCAAAGCUGCCUGCGACGAUGCCGGUAUCGCACCCCAGGAUAUCGACGGCCUGGUGCGGUAUGACAUGGAGUCAAACCAUGAAACCCUGGUGACACAGUCGCUGGGCAUCAAGAACCUGCGCCACUGGGAAUCCGUCUCAUACGGCGGGGGCGCGGGCAACGCCACUGUGGGCCAUGCCGCCGCCGCCAUUGCCGCCGGUUAUGCCAACUACGUGGUGUGCUUCCGGGCCGCCAACCUACGUUCCGGGAUGCGGCUGGGCCGGGCCAGGGGACCAGAGCGAAUCGCCGGGGGGCCACAGAGUUUUGCCGCUCCUUGGGGCAUGAUGGCUCCGGCGCAUCAUUUCGGCAUGUUCGUCCGGCGCUACAUGCACAAAUACGGGGCCACGAGCCGCCACUUCGGUUGGGUCGCGGUGACCCUACGGGAGCAUGCCUCCAGGAACCCCCGCGCCCUGCGUAAAGACCCCAUCACCAUCGACGACCACCAGAAUUCCCGCAUGGUGGUGGACCCGCUGCACGUCCUCGACUUCUGCCAGGAGGAACGACGGCGCCGCUGCCAUCGUGAUGACCACCCCGGAGCGCGCCAGGGAGCUGCGCCACUCAAACACCUUGACCCUGGUUGA